GCCGAAGCUUGCACGCGACAGACGUGUGUCUAGAUUAACCGUAAACUUUACGUGAGAUGCAGUGAUUAGGUAAAAUAAACAUUCGUGAAUUGGUGACAAUUAUUGACAUUAUGGUGACUGGUGUGGCUGGCACGCAGGCUCAUCCUGCAAACAUGAGCUCAAAUGGCGACCAGAAAAAAGGAGACAAUAGAAGAAGCAACAAGCCGAUAAUGGAAAAAAGGCGUCGCGCGCGCAUCAAUAAUUGUCUCAACGAGCUCAAGGCGCUGAUCCUCGAUGCGAUGAAAAAAGACCCCGCCAGGCAUUCGAAGCUUGAGAAGGCGGACAUUCUGGAGAUGACGGUGAAGCAUUUGGAAGGUUUGCGAACAGAAGGCACCGGGUCACCUGAUAGGUUCAAGGCUGGAUAUCGUCAUUGUGUAUCUGAGGUUGCGAAAUUCCCGGGUCUUGAGACUGGAUUGAAGAGGCGCCUAGUGAGACACUUGGAAGGAUGUGUUAAUACAACAGGAAGCAGACCCGCUGCGGCGCCCACUCCUCCUUCUGAUGUCGAAGAUGUUAAUCCUCCACAGCACUCGGCUAUUUUCAUAUCAGCAGGUGCCGGUUCUGGUGUACGCUUGGUGCCCACGCGUCUACCCAACGGAGACAUCGCUCUGGUCCUACCAGCUGGAGUCAACGCUGGUACCCUAAGCACCGUACCAUCACUUGUGCCUUUAUCGCCUCGAGGUGCAUCAUCAGCCGCUUCAGAGCCGCGCUGUUUCUCCCCCGCUAGCUCAGGCUGGGAUACACCCCCACCACCUACAGAGGAAUCAUCACCUUUAGCGUUAGUUACUCGAAGACCUGCUGAAGAAAAGCCUUGGAGACCCUGGUGACACUCCCUUCAUUCCUUAGCCUUAUCUGUGAUACAUAAUAAUUAAAGUAUAGUAGCUUAAUCUGAUCUGACUAGUUGCAAAGUUUCGCCUGCUUCUACUGUCUUUAAUUUGAGAGAAUUCUAAACCAUGAACAUAGCUUUACGGAUGUUGUUCCACAUUGAAUGCUCUGUAUUUGGCAGUAUUUUACAACACCAUAAAUUAAGUUGUGGCGGCCAUUGUGACCCAUGUCAGAUCAUUUUAGCGCUGUAAGACAUAUUAUAAUAACUUGUAUGUGGUUUAUGAGUGAUCGAAAGUUCCUAUUAAUUAAUUCGUGGUCAGUUGAAUUAGUUUCGCCAUUUAGGUAGGUCUUCCCUUAGGUUAAGUUUGUAAAGUUUUGUGUAUGACAUCUAUGGCAGUAUUUCAGAGAGAGGGACGAUUGUGUCCAAUAUAUUAAAUCAUAUGUUGCACUUAGUGCCAUAUUAUAUUAGAUUGUGAAUGUUGAAUUAAUAGAGCACGCAUUUUUGUAUAUCCUAAUUAUAAUUUAUUAACUAUACGACCUGUAAAUUCGACUUUGAGUAUUCAAUUUGUUCACCAACGGCUUAUUCAUUCUAUAUAAUAACGCUAGCAUUGUGGGGAAAAACAUCGGACCGGACAACCGGACAUUGAAUGCCUACGUCAUCCAACCAGCACCGGUAGUUAGUGAUUCCCAAUAAGAUCGUGAACCCAACUUCAAUGUUUAGUUUUUGUACAAAUCAGUACGGAAAUAACUACAUCGAAAUUGCAUACAAAUACGUCAGGUUCGAUAUCGCGAUUGAAAGGCAUCGACCAGGGCAUCGACAGCGUGGUACAUUGUUGCCUAAUAAGCCUCUUAAACGCUGUUGAAUAUUAUUAAAAAAAUCACCUAAACUAUUGAACGGAUUAUAAUAGAUACGGUAUACAUAUUGGCAGGGCUUUUUUGUUACUUAGGGCCUGUUAUAUCUCGAAUCUCUCUUCUUUGUUUGAAUAAUUUUGAUCUGUUAAGUAAUUUGUCUUAAAAUUUUUGUAAUGACCAAAUAAUUUAAUGAUAGAAAUAAAGCUCUAUUCUUUAAGAUAAUUAUCCAACAUUUAUCAUUAAAAAUAUUCCGUUAACAGGUAAUGGUAAUUUAGAGAUACUAUUAACUAGAUAUAAAACAUUGUAUUUAAUUAUUUAACUAAGAAUUCUGCGUGCCUUAAAAAUAAACAGCAAAGUCAUAGUCUUCCAUUAUAAUUUAAUUUAAGUUGACGAGAUAAAUAUUGCGCUCGUAAAUAACAAAUUAGUGUAUAAAGAAUAUGUUUAGCGAUAACUAACAUAUUUUUUAGUUUAUAGUGUUAAAAUAGUUAUAUUCGUACGUACUUAUUGUUACCACGACAUCUUUACCUGGCCGGAAAUCCAAUUAAACCAUUUAAUCGAAUCAUAAGUUAAAAAAUAUAUAAGUAAAAAUCUGAAGUUUUCGCAUUAUUAUGAAUCAACAAGUUCUGUGUAUUUUUUAAAUUGCAUUCGCGAUUUUAUAACCAUUUCGAUUUAAUUGUAAAAAUAAACGUCGAUAAAUGUCAAUUUUGUUAUUAAACGUUUUUGUAUUAUAUAUGUGUGCAUAAAUACCUACCUACCUGUAGUUUUUAUUCUUAUUUUAUAAAUGUAUGAAGUGAUAUUAUGAUAAGUUUACUCAUAAGUAUGAAAAGACAUGUAAUAAACGUUUAAAAUCAU